AUCCUGGUGUGCCAAAUACUUUCGUUUUAGUUUUUCCGCUUUGGACAACAGUGAGCUAACAGUGAGGUCACAUUGUGAAUAACAGUAGAUGGUCGUCACCAACAUGAGGCUUCUGGCAAUUUCGGCAACCGUCCUUGCCGUUUGUUGGAUGGUGGACUCCAAGUUCAGUUCACCAAAGGUUCAGGUAUACAGCCACAAGCCAGCACGCUUGGGUGAGGAAAACACGGUGAUCUGUCACGUAAGCGAGUUCCACCCUCCUGACAUCAACAUCCAGUUGUUCAAGAAUGGAGUCGAGAUCAGAGAGGCCGUUCAGACUGACCUGAGCUUCAAGAAGAACUGGCACUUCCAUCUGACCAAGCACAUUGACAUCAUUCCCGCGGAGGGAGACAAGUACUUCUGUAAGGUCAUUCAUGGGAUGGAACUCGGUAAAGACUAUGACUGGGAGCCCAACAUGUGAGCAGAGGUCGGGGCUAUCAGUGAAGCCACUCGGAAUCCACCGGGAAUCACGCGACAAUUUUACCAUUCAUUAACACUAUCUUCUUUCUAUAGAUCUAUCUAGAACUACAAUAUAUGGAUUUGGUUUUGAGUCACACCAUUACUCAAUUUUCUUCUCACCUUCAGUCUUCCUACGGGGAAAUAUAAAAUAUGGCAGUCAAUAGUUAAUUCAAUUUUAAUUCUUUGUCAGUUUGGAGAAAAAUAAUGAAGGCAGUGUACCUUGGCUGUUUGUUUUUGCACUUUUGUGCUAAAUAUCUUGAUUUGGGUAAGACAAUGUGAUUAAAUAUGUUGCCUAUUAAAUUUCUCUAAAAAA